AUGUCGAGCCUGCGGCUUCUGGUGCUCUUCGGCAGCCAGACGGGCACAGCUGAAGAUGUGGCUGAGCGACUGGGCCGCGAGGCCCGGCGCCGGCGGCUGGGCUGCCGAGUCCUGGCCCUGGACGCCUACCCGGUGGUGAAUCUGAUUAACGAGCCCUUGGUGAUAUUUGUUUGUGCAACUGCAGGCCAAGGAGACCCCCCUGACAACAUGAAGAGCUUCUGGAGGUUCAUAUUCCGGAAGAAGCUGCCGUUGACCGCUCUCUGCCAGAUGGACUUUGCCGUCCUGGGCCUUGGAGAUUCCUCCUACACCAAAUUCAACUUCGUUGCUAAGAAACUUCAUCGCCGCCUGCUGCAGCUUGGAGGCCGAGCCCUCUUGCCUGUGUGCCUGGGUGACGACCAGCAUGAGCUGGGUCCUGACGCUGCCAUUGACCCCUGGCUGCAAGACCUGUGGGAGGAGGUGCUCAGGCUGCACCCAGGUCCCCCCAGCCUCGAUGCCAUCCCUCCUGGAGUCCCCCUGCCCCCCAAGUUCACCCUGAAGUUCCUGCAGGGCUCCCCCUGCACGGCUGAGCCCUGUAUGCCCAUGAAGGAUCCUCAGGGAACCCCUUCAGAGCUCCUGCCCUUCCUGGCUCCCAUGCUCUCCAACCAGAGGGUCACUGCUCCCUCACACUUCCAGGACGUCCGGCUGAUCGAGUUCGACAUCAGUGGCUCUGGGAUCAGCUUUGCUGCUGGAGACGUGGUGCUGAUCUGGCCUGAGAACACGGCCAGCCAUGUCCAGCAGUUCUGCCAGGUGCUAGGUCUGGACCCUGAUCAGUGCUUUACUCUGCAGCCCCAGGAGCCAGACACCUCCUGUCCCAAGCGGCUGCCACAGCCCUGCUCCAUGUGGCACCUCGUGUCCCGGUACCUGGACAUUGCCAGUGUCCCUCGCCGCUCGUUCUUUGAGCUCCUGGCCAGCCUCUCCCCACACACAGUGGAGCGGGAGAAGCUGCUGGAGUUCACGUCCGCCCAGGGCCAGGAGGCUCUCCAUGACUACUGCAGCCGGCCACGCAGGACUAUCCUGGAGGUGCUCUGUGACUUCCCACACACUUCCCGCGCUGUGCCCCCGGACUACCUGCUGGACCUCAUCCCCCCGAUCCGGCCCCGAGCUUUCUCCAUUGCCUCUUCUCUGCUGGCCCUCCCUGGGCGGCUGCAGGUGCUCGUGGCUGUGGUGCAGUACCAGACGCGUCUCAGGGAGCCCCGCCGAGGCCUGUGCUCAUGCUGGCUGGCCUCUCUGGACCCUGGGCAAGGACCCAUCCGGGUGCCGCUCUGGGUGCGGCCUGGAGGCCUGACCUUUCCAGAGGCACCAGACCGUCCAGUGGUCAUGGUGGGGCCAGGUACGGGGGUGGCCCCCUUCCGAGCCGCCAUACAGGAGCGCGUGGCCCAGGGUCGGACUGAAAAUGUCCUGUUUUUCGGCUGCCGCCAGCAGGACAAAGACUUCUACUGGGAGGCUGAGUGGCGGGAGCUGGAGAGACAGGGCUGCUUGGUCCUGGUCACAGCAUUCUCCAGGGAGCAGGUGCGUGCCAGAUGGCCACAUAGGGUGCAGGAGCAGAAGGUGUAUGUGCAGCAUCGGCUGAAGGAGCUCGGGGCCCUGGUGUGGGAGCUCCUGGACUGCCGUGGUGGCCACUUCUACCUGGCGGGGAAUGCCAAGUCCAUGCCGGCUGAUGUCACCGAGGCUUUGAUGUCCAUCUUCCAGGAGCACGGUGGCCUCUCCAGCACUGAGGCAGCCAGCUACCUUGCCAAGCUCCAGCACACCUUGCGCUUCCAAACAGAGACUUGGGCCUAG